GCAACAGCAGCGGCGGCGCUCGGCGCUGCACUGAGCAGGGCCGGCCGGGAUGCCUCUCCCUGCCUCCCCGCAGCCCGCUCCGGGCCCCGCCCGGCCCGUCGCCGUGACCGAGACCGGGCUCCUGGGGACCCCCGUGAAAAUCCCGCCGCACGGCUGCAAUAGCGGGGCGCUGCUGGGCAGGCUCGGGGUGCUCGUCCAAGCCCUGCUGGCCGCGGCGGCUUUCAGCACCCUGAUGUUAAAGCGCUUUCAGGAGCCAAAAGAAGAGAGGCGUCCCUGGAGGAUCUGGUUUUAUGAUACCUCCAAGCAAGCAAUAGGUGCCCUCUUCAUCCACUUUGCUAAUGUUUUCCUGUCUGGUCAUACUGCAGAAGAUCCCUGCUCUCUCUACCUAAUGAAUUUCAUCCUCGAUGCCACACUGGGGAUGCUGCUGAUCUGGUUCGGUGUGAAGGUUGUCUCCUGGGUUGUGGAGCAUCGGAAGUACACAUGCCUAGUCUUUGGAGAGUAUGGUGACCCUCCACAAGCUGCUGCCUGGAUUGGCCAGUGCAUCCUCUACUUGCUGAUAAUGGUCUUUGAGAAGACUGUGGUAAGCCUUGCCCUGUUCAUCCCUGGCUGGACAAAGCUUCAGGAGAUUUUACUGGAUUAUAUCCCAGACCCUCAGCUAGAGCUCGUCCUGGUCAUGUUCAUUGUGCCUUUUACAGUUAAUGCUGUUAUGUUCUGGGUUGUGGACAGUUUGAUCAUGAGGAAGCAUAAGCAGACGGACAGCCUUGAAGGCAGCAGGUCCAUAGAAAACCCCGUGAGGAAUGAAGAAUCCCAGGCGUUGCUCUGUCCUGACUUGGAUUUUGAUCAGUCUGAAAGUGACGAAGACAUCUCAGGACUCCAAGGAUCCAGCCAGAAAACGAGACAGCCAGGCUAUCAGGUGGUAGUUUAAUAGCGACUUCAAACUGAGCCAAGUGGAGAGAGUUCCAACCAAGAAAACAGCAAUAGAGACUUUUGUAGAAAACUGGACUUUGAUCUGAUGUUAGAAGCUGGGGUGGGGAUGCUAGUUUAUUGCACAGUUAAAUGGAGAUCACAUGCUGGGAUCAGACAGCAGCCUUUGCAUUUAUUUUCCUGAUGGCAUUUCUGUACCUUCUGCAUUCUUGUUGCCCAGUGUGGUGGCUGGCUCUACGUACACCGUUAACUCCUGCUGUACCUGUAUUUGUCUCUAAACUGGACACUCCUAAUCAUAUCAUGGUUAGGACUGUGCAGUUAUAUUUCUGUGGCUGGCCAGCUGGCUAUAGAGUUUGUCAGGAUGGUAGCAUAAGUCAAAAUACUAGAUCUUUUAAUAGGAUUUAUGAUUUAUCUUGUACUAAUUGUACCAUGACACUUUCUGUAUGCACAGCUUGCUCGUAAAUAACUCACUUGUAAAAAGUAUUUAAAAAUGUCUUUGGGGCUGGCCUGAUCGUUCCACUGAAUCUGCCUUUUUUACUGUUUUAUAGGGAUUGUAAUAAAAGUUUGACUUAAAGUUG